GCUCUAAAGGACAUUAUAAUGCAAGGGUCCUCCUUUUUGAGCACAAAUAGAAUUUUCUUUCAUUUGGAGGAUAUAUAGCUUACUUAAAAAAUAUAUAUUUAAAGUUGUAAGGUGGACCAUAUUUCGCACUGGAGCGGUGCGCCAUGCUCUCUCACACCGAUCUCCUGGAUGCUCGGCUCGGUGAGUUAUCAUCGCAAAACUCCGGUCUUCAACUAUACUGGAUGAAGGAUGCUGCGGAGCUGCUGGGGAACCGAGACCCGAUGAAGUGCCGGCUGGGCGGCGGGGUGGCGGACCAGGGAGACAUGGACCCUGGCCCGGACACCGUGGAGGGUGCCACCUUGCUGCCCGGGGAUGAAAUCCCCACAGGUGGAGCCAACCAGCCGGGCAUGCCGGUAAAUAGUAAGGACACUGAGAAACAGCAGCAGCAACAGCAGCAUAAUUCUAGUCAGACUGCGAACCAGCAGAAACAGAAGCGACAUCGAACGCGCUUCACCCCAGCUCAGCUGAACGAACUGGAACGGAGCUUCGCCAAGACCCACUACCCAGACAUCUUUAUGCGUGAAGAGCUGGCGCUGAGGGUCGGCCUCACCGAAUCCCGUGUGCAGGUGUGGUUCCAGAACCGCCGUGCCAAGUGGAAGAAGCGUAAGAAGACCACCAACGUGUUCCGCGCCCCUGGCACUCUGCUACCAACGCACGGCCUGCCUCAGUUCUCUGCUGCGGCUGCCAUGGAGAACAGCCUGUGCUCCUUCCACGCCAACGACUCCCACUGGGCCACGGGGAUGCACGGGGUGUCCCAGCUCCAGCUCCCCCCUGCCCUUGGCCGCCAGCAGGCGAUGGCCCAGUCCCUUUCCCAGUGCAGCCUCGGGGCCGGCCCGCAGCACAACUCCAUGGGCCUGUCCAACGGCCUCUCCUCCAAUGGCUCAGGCCUGCAGUCCCACCUCUACCAGCCCCCGUUCCCCGGGAUGCCCGCCUCCCUCUCCGGUCCAACGAACGUGUCAGGUUCGCCACAGCUGUGUAGCUCUCCGGACAGUGACAUGUGGAGAGGGACAAGCAUUGCCUCACUGCGACGCAAAGCGCUCGAGCACACAGUGUCCAUGAGUUUCACUUAAUGACGUUUGAAGAUGACCCCCUUUGUUUAGCUUUUAGCUGUACCCCGCCCUUUUAAGAAAUACCUGUGUGAAGACUACUCAGGACUCAAAGUACUUCAUGAGAAUAACAAUGAAAUAGAAUGGCCAGACUGGAGUCUGAGUUGUGUUCAGAUGUCAUAAUAAAAAACCCAGAUGACAUUGGCGUGUAAAUUUGGUGAAGUGGACGUGAGAAAUAGGCUAAUUUACCUGCGUCUCAGAAGGUCUGUUUAUCUUAACGUCCAUUUUCCCCAAAAUGAUUAUAUCACCUAUUCAUAAUUAUAUUGAAAUUAUUUGGCCAAAAAUCCUUCUCAUUUUCGGUUUUUCAUUAGGUGUGGCUGUUGCACCCCGUAGGAAAGUAAGAUAUCAUGUCAGUGAAUUUCUUUGUUUUCUAUGCUGUUAAAUGCUUUAAAUUAAGUUGGGAAUCAAAUUUCUAAAUGCCACAUGUACUGCAUGUUUGAAUGGGUCUGACGCAUGCGCAGUGAAGUGGACUUGACCCCUGAAAUAGCCUAUUUUUCUUCUGCUGCCUCGUUCCCGAAUUGCCCACUUGUUCACUUCUUAUGGAUUUAAGAGAAUGGAAAUGGUGUAAGGACUGUUAUGUAGACUCUGACUCUGUUCCAAUAUCCACACUAGCAUAGGCUACUAUGAAGAAAUGUACUGGUCAUGCAUUCUAAGUGGUAUAUAUAGGCCUAGCAAUCUUUUUGUUUUACAUCUAUGCUGGGAAGUGCAUAGAGUGCAUAAGAUCGUCUGGGGGUGGUAUGAUUGGGAGGAGAAAACGGAACAUUUGCUGUUAUUGGCAGAGAGACUUGGAACUCUCUUUCUUAUUUGUCAAUUACUCAAUUUACCACCUGCUGAUAAAACAACUCCAUUCUAACAAAACAGGCUGAAAUUUCAGGCAGUCUUUCCAAACAGCCCUAACAAAAAUAGGUAACUUUCAUAAUUUCGCAGUAUGAUUGCAACCUAAUAGUGUGGAAAUUUAUAUAAAACACAGAUGAUCACGUUUUUGACUGCACUGGGACUUUAAGAAAGAAGAGUGAAAAAGAAACAAACAAACCCAUUUCUACAUAAAUCAGACUCAUCUGCAUGUGUUGGCCACGUGAAAAAUGGGGGUAUUAACAUUUAUAAGACAAGAAAAUGAACCUUUAAGUAACCUGUUCUAGGAUGUUUUGUGUAGAUAAAGCAUUCUCGUACCCACUGGUCUGUUUGUGAUAUGUUUUAACUUAUUGUUUGUGCUUUUCUUAAAUGUUUGAUCUUACACCAAAUUGCAUCACAAUGUUUCCUUGAAAGGCUUAUAUUAAUUUAUUGUAAGUGGACAAAUAAAAUCAUUUUCAAUAUGUCAAA